AUGGAAGUUAAAACGUUACGGACGUUUUCUGCCAAAAGCCAAAAAUGUCGGGGGAAGCUCUUCAUGGAAGAAAGUAAGUACUCUUUUUUGCAUUUAUUAAAGGUGUUCGAGUCCAGUGAAAGUAAAGGCAUGUUGGAGCUGAUGAUACUGGAAUCUGGGCAUCUGCUGGUCUCACAGGCUCAGGAACUAUUGGAAGGCUUCUCUCUUCUCAAUGCUCAGAGCUUCCUGAAGAUCCAGCAGAAAUCAGACAGCCUGCUUUUCUACUUCACACUGAAGGAAGAGAGUCGUAUGAUACGACUACAGUUUGAGGGCAGCAGCAGGUCUGAAGCUGUUGAUUUAUGCAGGCAGGCAGUCGAGAGAUUGAAUGAAUAUCUGCCUGUAGGCACCCAGGAGCAGCCUGGCCCUUCAUCUGCAGCCCACACCACUGAAAUCUCUAACCAGCAACAGCAGACUCCUGUAGCGGCACCACAGGUGAUCCCUGACGUUAUCCAGGAAUCACUGUCCAUCAAGCAGCUUUCUCAGUAUUUCCUAGGUGAGAGUGGACUGUCCCUGCCACUGGCAUAUCGUCAUUUCACUCUGCCUCCUGGCGAUAUGGAGGCUCUACUACGCCUGUGUUUGCUCGACUCUGGCUUCCCUGGUUUCGUAGAAGAGGUGGAGAACAAGCUGAAAGCCCUGAUCCAAGAAUGAGGUACAACUCACGUAAAGGUUCACCACAGCAUUCAUUUACAUUACUGGACAAGCGUCAGAAGAAAAGUCUGAACAACCCUGAACAACUUGCGGUCUAUAAUGGCGCCCAAGAUUUAUGUUGCAAUGAAAUUUUGUAUUGACCUUUUUAGUUUCAACUCCUUUCAUCGGCGUCAGUCUAUUUUCCACUUCAGGUAAUGGGUUCCUACAUUAUCCUCAGUGUUGUUUGAGUACC